GUGCUUUGCUUUUCUACUUGGACUCGAAAAACACACAGACGCCAGACAGACAGACAGACAGACAGGCAGUCGAGAAAGGGGAAGAGAGAGAGUGGUACAUGCCUGCUUGUUUAAAGAAGAGAAUAGAUAGGAAGCGCCCUGUAAACGGUAAACAAAUUAAUACCCCACCGGAAAAACCCCACGUUCGAUUCCAACUCCUUUGUGUGUUCUCUUUGUUCCCGUCGGUUUUCUCAACGGUGAGACUCUGCGAACCCACCAUGGGAGAAACCGGUAUUGCCCGGUUUGCCGGAAACCUAGACCCUAGGGCUCAAGAGUUCAGGCCCAGAAACCCUAAUAACCACGCCCAACUCGCCCUCUUCAGGCCACCACUACCUCAACCAGUGCCCCAGGUUUACUACCCAUACGCCUCGCCGUAUGUACCGACUACCGAAGUGCAGGUGCAAGUGGUAUCAUUCUGUGAUGCGGGAGGUCUAGGGUACAGCUGCGCAUCUCCCGUGUACGUUAGCGCGCCCGAGGUGAGGGUGACGGGGCCAGUUCAAGCUGGGUCGGCGGCGGCGACGAGGACGCUGGUUUUGAGUUCGGUACCGGGUGACGUCAGCGAGGGGAUAGUGAGGCGGGAACUGGACGCCUUUGGGGAGGUGAGGGGGGUGCAGAUGGAGCGAAUCCGGGAGGGGAUCGUGACCAUCCAUUUCUACGAUCUGAGGCAUGCAGAGGAGGCCCUGAGGGAGAUUCGGGACCAGCACAUGCAACAGCAGGCCAGGCUGAGGAACCACUACUACAACAGUACCACGGCUUUACUGGUCGCCAAUUCCGUGUCCCAGGUGGACAAUUCGGGUGCCCCACUACCCCCACUGGCGCGUGGUCUUAUCGCCGGCCGCGCCGUCUGGGCACAGUUCAUCAUCCCUUCGGCAACAAACGCCGUACCCGACGGCCACAACCAGGGGACCAUCGUCAUUUUCAAUUUGGACCCUGAAGUCUCCAAAAGUGCUUUAAAAGAAAUCUUCGAGGCUUUUGGUCCGGUGAAAGAAUUGAGAGAGACGCCAUUGAAGAAGCACCAAAGGUUCGUGGAGUUCUAUGACGUCAGAGACGCGGCCAAGGCUCUUAGAGAGAUGAAUGGAAAGGAAAUUCUGGGCAAGCCAGUAGUUAUAGAAUUCAGUCGCCCCGGUGGUCAUAGCAGGAAGUUCUUCGAUACGACGUUCGCUUCGCCUGGCCCAGCUUCGUUCUCGGCCAACAUUCCAAGCAUCAACUCCAACUUUCAUCACUCGAAAUCUCCAAAAUACCGUCCUUUACCGCCACCUCCACCACCGCCUCCGCCCCCGCCGUUGUCUCGGAAAUUAUCGGGGCGGUUCGUUCCCAACGUGUCUCGUUCACAUCUCUCCCAAACGCAGUUCUCGACCAAGAGAUCUUUGGGUAAGGGAAGCCCGAAGGGCGCAAAUUCUGGGGCUGUAAUUGAGGCUAGACUGGCUUCGAUGAGUCUGGGUGGUGCCGUUGGGAAUGGAUUAAUCGAAGAAAACGAAGCCAAUGGGCCUCCGAAGAGGAAUGCAGCAAAGAAGAGUCAAAGCAAUAACUCCAGUACAGUGACUGCAAAGCAGACUCGGAGUAGUAGGCCAUGGAAAGGCAGACAAACAAAAAUGUUCGAUACGCGUUUUCUAAUAAACGAAGAUGCCAUAUUGGAAUCCAAUUACAGAGAUUCCAGAACCACUGUCAUGAUCAAGAACAUACCAAAUAAGUACAGUCAGAAGCUGCUUUUGAACAUGCUGGACAACCACUGUAUCCACUGCAACGAGCAGUUGGCCGACGGCCCUGACCAGCCUUUGUCCUCCUACGAUUUCGUUUAUCUCCCCAUUGAUUUCAACAACAAGUGCAAUGUGGGUUAUGGGUUCGUGAACAUGACGUCGCCUCAGGCAACAUGGAGGCUCUACAAAGCCUUUCAUCUUCAACAUUGGGAGGUCUUCAACUCCAGAAAAAUCUGUGAAGUCACCUAUGCUAGAGUUCAGGGAUUGGAAGCGUUGAAGGAGCAUUUCAAGAACUCGAAGUUCCCGUGCGAGAUGGACCACUACCUGCCAGUGGUGUUUUCGCCACCUCGAGACGGGAGGCAACUGACGGAGCCUCUCCCUAUAGUUGGCCACAAUAAGCAGCCCAUCCCCAUUGGUCUCCUCUCGGCUGCUCCAAAAGCUGAGCACGAUGAGAUGGACGGCCAAGAUACGGUAGAAGACGGCAGUAAUAGCAGUAUUCAUGACUGUGAAGCUGACCAACACCAACGCGACGUGCUACUGAUGCCUGCGGCAGCCAGUUGCAGCAACAGCGACCCAAACGGCGGCGUUGGUGUCGAUGUGCGUGAUGACGAAUAUGGUGAAGACGAAGCGAAUUUAAUUAAAUAAAUUCAUAUAUACAUCAUAUAUCUCAUUAUAAUUUGCUGCAGAGAACAGGCAGCUCCAACCCUCCCCCACACAAUAGGUCGUUGGUCGUCGAGCACCGAGCCCUCGAUCCUAUCUAGGCCAACCCAUCGACCUAAUUAGCGUUUGUGUCAUUCUCCAGAAUUGCGGACCUGACCACCAUCACUUCCAUUUACUCUCUCUCUCUCUCCUCGGGGCUUACUACUUUCCAUUGUGCUUCUUGUACUUUUAGCUGAAGUAGGGAUGGUAGUGUAAAUUUUUUUAGUUUUUGAGCUUUUGCCACAAAAAAUUCAUGGUGUUUGUAAUCCAUUACAAAAAAAAGAAUAUCUUUUGUAACAUGGAAUGUAGAAUUUGGGUUAUAUU